AUAGCAAAGAAAACAUUAACCGACGCGCACUGAGCGGGCAAGAGGAACAGAGUUACCUCCUACCGUGCGCACAGGCAAACACAGCUAACCACAUAGCCAAGCAGCCUUUGAAUCAUUUGUAUAAGUUAUUGCAUUGUUUAUUUUGCUUUUUAACCUCUUUUUAUUAUAUUGACUUUUUUGUAAAGCACCAUUCUUAAAGCAUUAGCAAAGAAAAACUAAUUUUGCUUAGGGAAAAUAAAUAGCAUUUUCCUUCAUUUAUUUGUUAUUGUUAGCGUUCACCAUGCUGUGGCCACUUUUCUGUGCCGGUGUCCUUUUAGUUCCAUUGAUAGCCGAAGCCAGGAUCUCUAAGCGGUAUGUCAUCGGCUGCCCCGACCGCUGCGACAAGUCUCAGUGUCCCCAGAUCCCCGCUGACUGUUUAGCGGGCGACGUCCUGGACCAGUGCGACUGCUGCCCGGUCUGCGCAGCCGGGGAGGGCGAGCCCUGCGGCGGCUCGGGAAGGCUUGGCGACCCAGUGUGCGCUGAAGGGCUGGAGUGCUCGGUUUCGGACGGAGUUGCUUACUCCGCUACCGUGAGGCGGAGAGGCAAGACCGGUACCUGCGUCUGUAAAAGCUCCGAGCCCGUGUGUGGCAGCGACGGCGUGUCCUACCGGAACAUCUGUGAACUGAAGAGGGUCAGCAGUGGAGCGCAAAAGUUGCAGCAGCCACCUGUCAUCUUUAUACAAAGAGGAGCUUGCGGACAGGGUACCGCCCAGGAGAACCCAGACAGCCUAAGGCACAGAUACAACUUCAUUGCAGAUGUGGUUGAGAAAAUUGCUCCUGCUGUGGUUCAUAUUGAACUGUAUCGCAAGAUGGUCUUCUCAAAACGGGAGGUGGCAGUGGCCAGCGGCUCAGGCUUCGUGGUGUCAGAAGACGGGCUGAUUGUCACCAACGCUCAUGUGGUAGCCAACAAGCACCGGGUGAAGGUUGAGCUAAAGAGUGGCGCCACCUAUGACGCGAAGAUCAAAGAUGUGGAUGAGAAAGCCGACAUCGCCCUCAUCGAGAUAGACGUACCGAUGAAGCUGCCCGUCCUGCUGCUGGGGCGCUCGGCAGACCUGCGACCUGGGGAGUUCGUGGUGGCCAUCGGCAGCCCUUUCUCUCUGCAAAACACUGUGACCACGGGCAUCGUCAGCACCACUCAGCGAGGGGGCAAGGAGCUGGGCCUGCGCAACUCCGACAUGGACUAUAUCCAGACCGACGCCAUCAUCAACUAUGGAAAUUCAGGAGGGCCUCUAGUAAAUCUGGAUGGAGAGGUCAUUGGAAUCAACACUCUGAAAGUGACAGCAGGCAUCUCCUUUGCAAUUCCUUCUGACAAGAUUCGUCAGUUCCUGGCAGAAUCCCAUGACAGACAGGCAAAAGGGAAGACAGCCCCAAAGAAGAAGUAUAUCGGUGUAAGAAUGAUGUCUCUUACUCCUUCGCUUGCUAAGGACCUGAAGGAGCGUCAGAAGGACUUCCCAGAUGUCACCUCUGGGGCCUAUGUCAUUGAAGUAAUUGCCAAAACACCAGCUGCAGUCGGUGGCCUGAAGGAGCAUGAUGUCAUUAUCAGCAUCAAUGGCCAGAGGAUCUCCUCGGCCAGCGAUGUAAGCGAUGCCAUCAAGAGAGACAGCACGCUGCGGCUGGUGGUGAGGCGAGGCAACGAGGACACCAUCCUCACCAUCAUUCCUGAGGAGAUUGACCCUUGACCUCACCCCCUUCCUUGAGCUGGUUCUCAAUGCUUCUCUAUUGGACACUUGCAGGGUGUGUCUGGAGUGGACACGCCUUACUUAGAAUGUUUAACCAAUAGCAUCUCCCCUUGUGGCUGGGUGAGACUGAAACCCCACCCCCAGGAACUGACAUAAUGUAUGCAGAGCAGUACAUCCACAUUUUAGUCUUCUGCAUUAAUCAGUGUAUCUUACUUUUCAUGUAUGCUUUGAAAGGUGUUACUACUGUUAGUUUAACGCAAGCAAAUGGCCUGUGUUUCUUGUUUUUUCUUCUUGUAUUUUUUCUUUUUUCUCAUUUUCUUUUUAUACUGAACUUGUCACUCAAAGAAAGACCCACAGGAGCCUAAUAUUUCAGUGGAAUAACUACUGGAAUAAGAGAAAAGUGGGCAUUUCAGGAUAACUUCUUGUUGUUAGAUCUUAUUUUUUAUUUUUUUUAACAGUAAAUACAAGAAAGGGGAAUAAAAUGUUUCAACAGUUAAAAUCA